UGUGUGGGUUUUUUCCAUGUAUGAAUUCAGUGACUUGACUGAACUUGCUCCUGGCUCCACCCUCCGUUAGUCAGCCAGUCCACUACGUGUUAAGACUGGUGCCUUUAACUUACAAGCAUCUCGGAUAGAGGAGGAAAAAAAGAGGUUUUCCCCCCUGGUUCCUAUCUGGAAGAAUAACGCACAGCCGUCGGAAGUUGAUCAACUUUAAACUCAAACCGGCAUCUUCCUUUGGAGAGAAAACAUCCCUCAGUCUGGUUUGCGUUUUCCGACUUGGAUUGAGUUCUUCAUGGAAACAAAUGAUAUUUGAACCCGCAGAGAGGAGCGGAGAGAGAGGAGGUGGGUGUCGGAUACAAGCCUGUGUGUUUCUGUUGUUGUUCUUUUAUGCACGGAUCUCGGAUACAAGCCUGUUUGGUUUUGACAAAAGUGGAAAAAACUAACCCAGUUGUUGCUGUCGCUGCGUGAUCUAAGCCUCAUCAAGUUUCAGAGAGCUCUUAAAGCUUUAAUCCGGGCAAGAAAGGCAAGUUCUUGAGGCAACUCUGCAGUCCAAGACAGGAGACAGAAACAGAACAAGACACAAGUGAUAUAAGUACCAAAAGUAUGGCGUUAAAGGCCAGAGUGUUGUACGACUUCAGCUCUGAAAACCCAGGAGAGAUCUCCAUAGCAGAGAAUGAGCUGGUGACUCUGUUCAGCGAGGAAGAGCUGGAGGGCUGGCUGGAGGGGGAGAACAGCAGGGGGGAGGCUGGCCUCUUCCCUGCCUCCUAUGUGGAGAUCAUCAGGGACCAAAUUACCUCCAGCACCAACAACAAUGGCUUCUCCUCGCCCAAAACCCAGAAGCCCACCCACACCUCCUACACAUCACCGGACACCCACUCUCAGAGAGGACUCGGGGCUGGUAGUGGUGGAAGUGGAGGAGGCAGCUUCCACACUAGCCAGGGCAGUGAUGAUGACUGGGAUGAUGACUGGGAUGACACCUCCCCUGCGACCGAGGUGCCUCAAGGUCUCGGCAGCUCGCCCCCUUUGUACCCGGUGACCUCCUCCUUACCGGCGCGGCGUGACAGCUCCCAGCAGCAUCAGCAGCAGGCCAAGAGUUCAGCAACAGUAGGGAGAAACCUCAACAGGUUCUCCACUUUUGUCAAGUCCGGAGGGGAGGCCUUCCUGCUCGGGGAGGCCUCUGCUUUUGUGAAGGACGGGGACAAGAUCUGUGUGGUGAUGGGGAAGCAUGGGCCAGAGUGGCAGGAAGACCCGUACCCAUUUACAUGCACCAUUGACGACCCCACCAAGCAGACCAAGUUCAAAGGCAUGAAGAGUUACAUGUCCUACGGCCUGACGCCCACGCACACUAAUGUACAAGUCAACCGCAGGUAUAAACACUUUGACUGGCUGUACGCUCGCCUCGUAGAGCGUUUCCCUGUCAUCUCAGUGCCCCACCUGCCAGAAAAGCAGGCCACCGGCCGCUUCGAGGAGGACUUCAUCUCCAAGCGGAGGAAGGGACUGAUUUGGUGGAUGAACCAUAUGACCAGCCACCCCGUGCUGGCUCGCUGUGACGUUUUCCAGCAUUUCCUGACUUGCGGGGCAGACGAGAAGGCAUGGAAGCAGGGCAAGAGGAAGGCAGAGAGGGACGAGCUGGUUGGCGCCAAUUUCUUCCUCACAAUCAGCACACCAGAUGUCCCACUGGACCUCCAAGAAGUGGAGAGCAAAAUUGAAGGCUUCAAGACUUUCACAAAGAAGAUGGAUGAGAACAGUGUGGUCGUAAACACCACCAUCAAUGAGUUUGCUCGCAAACAGGCAGCAGGGUUCAAGAAGGAGUAUCAGAAGGUCGGACAGUCCUUCAAACUCUUGGCCCAGGCAUUCGAGCUGGACCAGCAGGCAUACUCGGUGGGCCUGAACAAAGCCAUUGCCGACACUGGUGAGGCCUAUGAGGCCAUAGGAGAGUAUUUUGCUGAGCAGCCGCGACAGGACCUGGAUCCCAUUUCUGACCUGCUGGACCUCUACAGAGGACACCUGGCCAAUUUUCCUGACAUCAUCCAUGUGCAGAAAGGUGCACUGACCAAGGUGAAAGACUGCCCAAAGCAAGAAGGUGAGCUCCAUGACCGCUGCAACAUCAUUUCCUGUGCCACGCUGGCAGAGAUCCAGCACUUUCACCGCACGCGUGUACGGGACUUCCGCUCGCAGAUGCAGCACCACCUCCGUCAGCAGAUUGGCUUCUUCCAGAAGAUUACCGCCAAGCUGGAGGACACACUUCAGAGAUAUGACGAUGACCAGUAGGAAGAGGGGAGGAAAACAGAGAAGUUGGAUUGUAAAGGCCUUGAGGAAAGAGGGGGAGGCUUGAAGAGGAGAGCAGACAGGGAUGAUUGAUGCGUUCUGCCUCCAGUAAUCUGGAACAUCUUAUCAUCCAUCCAAGAGAAAACUACUUGAUGUGAUGGAUCCUGGGCCUGGUACAAGUGGAAGAAAUAUACCACUCUUUUUUUUUUAAAUGUAGGCCUCUGGACUGUUGAAUGACAACUUCUUGGAUUAUCUGGACAGCUCUGAUGAAUGUACCAGUAACAGGGAUUGUGCUGACACCCCAGGCACAUCUUGCAACUCAGCGGGACUGUGGCGAUAUUAAAAACAGCUGCUCUCUAUAUGACGGGGCUGUCUCUCAAUUCCCGGUUUCAGGAUCACAUGAUCUCUCGAUGCCUCCACUGCCUCAUGGAAACCCUCUAUCUGGGAACACGGUAACUCAGCAGAAAUGUAGAGAUGAAACUCCCCCAAAUCACUUAAACUGGAUGCUGAAUGAUUGAAAGACUUAAUGAAUUUAAUAAUUUGUCAUCUCUAUAUGUCUGUUUUUACUUGAAUUACCUUUUCAGUAUUGUUUUGAUGGGACAUGACAGCAUGCAAGUGAUUGUUGGAUGGAAAAUAUGGAAAAAGGCAAAGUGGGUAUAAUCUACUCCGUUCAAUCAGUUUAGUUGUUGGACUUUUCUUAGAGCUUGAAAUUUGACCUACUUCUGAUGUCUAACAUCUCACACAACUCUGAUGCUGUCACACCUUUACUACAUUAGAAUUUGAAGCUCUGUGUUCUGCAUUUAGUGUUGCUUGACCUUAAAAAAAAAAUUGGUCUUAAACUGAUUUUAUUUGAAUGGACUUUUGUUUGGGUUACUAAAAAUCCAAAUCAGUCUUUCUGCUCUCCCUCAAUCUGGGGAGAUCAGGGGCUCAGGGUACAGACACUUCAGAAUGAUGAAUGCCUCCUAGCAUUAAAGCUUUGAACCUAGAUCCAGUUCAAAGCCACUGUGUGUUGACUUUUUAUGUGAUUAUAGCAUAUUUCAAAUUCUUCUGAGGUCAUAGGUUUUUUGUGAAAAAGUGUAGACAAUCGGAGUCCCAGUGGUGGUGUCCUUAUGAUAGUACCACUUGGGGGCACCAAAGUUGAAAAUGUCAAAUAGUACAUAUAGUGGCUUUAAGUACGGUUGCUAUUCUCAGUAUCCUAACCAGCUACUCUAAAACUUUCUUGGUAAACCAGUAAGUGAAAGUUAAAUAAGCUCACAGAACUGUUUGUUGACGCUGGGCAAGAAAAACCUUUUCAAUACAAGCUGGAAUCCAUGACAGAUUUUUCAACAUCCUGUGCUGAUAUAAUCAGAAACACGUAAUAAUCCAUUACGAUGAAACUUGUUUCGUAACACUUUUAAUGCAACACAAUGAAACCGAAUUUCAUUAAAUAAAUGAAAGUAGAAUUUA